AACGUUAGUAACUCUCCUUGCUAAGGCUAAGGGGAAUUUCUAACGCAUUAGAUGAGAUAAUAGGGGUACAAAGACGAGGAAGUACAAACUACAAAUAGUAAAAUCCAUGUUGUCAUUGACGAGAAGACUACAUUUGCGAUCCAGUUUGCAGCUUUGUUUGGUUCUACAUAACACGUGUAUAGAUAUACGAAGUAUUUAGCUGUAUUUUCAUUUUUAGACAGAAAAAUCGAGAAGAAUGGAGAAGAAGACAUGGAAAUUAAUGGUGGCAAUCUGUGUGACAGUGUACCUGGUACCAUCGAUCAACGCAAUCGAAUCGCCGCAUUAUUCUGUAAUCCACUCUGAAUCGGAUUUUGAAAUUAGGAUUUAUAAGAAAUCUACUUGGAUGUCUGCUCCCGUCAACCACCUCUCCUUUCAUCAAGCUACCAAAUUAGGUUUUCACCGGCUGUUUCAAUACAUCCAAGGCGCCAAUCUGAACUUCUCUAGAAUCCCCAUGACAAAACCUGUGUUGACUAGCAUUGUCCCUGGAGCAGGACCACUUCAUUCAUCAUCAUAUGUUGUUCGCUUCUACUUACCUGUUAAGUUUCAAGCCACCCCACCACUUCCACUUCCUGAGCUCAACCUGAAGCCAGUCUCAUGGCCAAGUCACUGUGUUGCAGUGAGGAAGUUUUCAGGGUUUGCAGGUGACAGUAAUGUCGUAACUGAGGCUGAGAAACUGGCUACCAUUUUGGGAAGAUCACAAUGGGCCAACUUAACCUCAUCUGACAAUAAAAUUGCUUACUCAAUUGCUCAGUAUAAUUCUCCUUUCCGAAUAUUCAAUCGUGUUAAUGAAGUAUGGGUCAAUGUUGAAGGAUCUGAAUCUGAUAACUGCAUGUCAAGUGGAAUGGCUACAUACUGAAUAACCCACUUCAAGUUUAGCUCUGCAAAUAUUUAAUGUUUUCUGCAUUAUCCAUGUAUAUAAUAUACAAAUGAGUAUUGUAUAAAAGAAGGCUGAAGCCAUGUUGUUGUACAUUUUUAUCAAAUUCUCGUUUUAUACUUCGCAUUA